GAGUUGCUGCCUAUAAAACAGGCGCCCGAGGAUGCUGGCAGACAUCAUCUGUUGCCGCCGGUCUUCGGGAGAGCCAGGCCGACCGACCCCUUUCUUUCACUCUCUUCCUUCUGGAAAUCCAAAAGGCUCGGCUAUGACAACUGAAAGGCACUUAGCGGCGUGGACGGCGGGCUGCGUGCUCGGGCUACUCAUGUUGGCCGCCCCCAGCCUCCAAGAGGCCCAGCAGACGGCCACGGCCGUCGGCGAACCUCAGGCCUUGGAGGAGGACAAACGGGGAUGGAGCGACAUGCAGAGCGGAUGGGGCAAGCGAGGCUGGCAAGACAUGCAGGGCAGUUGGGGCAAACGAGCAUGGAACAACUUGGGCUCAGCCUGGGGCAAGAGAGACUGGGGCCAGUUCAAGGGGUCUUGGGGCAAACGGGCCUGGGACGAGAUGCCACCCGUGUGGGGCAAGCGGGCCUGGGACAAGUUCCACGGCGCCUGGGGCAAACGCACGCCCGAGGAGGACGAGCAGUACUGGUCGGACAACGACGCCGGCGACGACCUCGGCCUGCUCGGCAACCUGGACAGUCUGACCGACGAGGAGCUCGCCCGACUCGCCAGCCUCGUCUUCAGCGGCAACAACGAACCCGACCUGACCAACAACCUGAGCGAGGAGGAGCAGAAGCGCAGCUGGAACAACCUGAGAGGCGCCUGGGGAAAGAGGGCUUGGAACAACUUCAAAGGUAGGAGGUCGUGGGGAAAGAAGCGAGAGCCAGCCUGGAACAACCUCAAGGGUCUCUGGGGAAAACGGUCCGAUCGCAGCUGGAACAAAUUGGCGUCUGUGUGGGGAAAGCGAUCCGUCGACGGAGAAAAAGGCAUAAAACAGGCAUCUGCGAGUCAAGACAAUUGAGAAACUCAUAUUCAAACCUCAAAGAUUGAUUUAACUGACCUCCCUUCAAAUUCAAGGAGUGUGUAUACUUGUGAGUCAUUCAUUUCACCCUGAAGAUCAAUUUUAACCCCCAACCUACCCUUCCCCGCGACUUUCGAAAUUCUGCCAAUUACCGAGGACGAAAAACGCACGAACUGAUACAGGGCGCAGUGAUGAGAUGAUAUUAAAUCCUUUUUCGCAGACUAAUCGCAGAAAUCGAUUUUAGAACAACCACUUAGCGCGAUCUUCAAAAUAUUUUUGUCGCUUGAUUGUAGAAUGAAUUAUGUUCGAAUUUUUAUUUCAUCCCUCAUAGCCUCAUUGUGAACAUGCUGUUGAAAAUAAUAAUAUAUACGACUUGAUCUCAAAAAACCAAAUACGCAGGAAUCACAUUUUAUGAGAGAAAUACACACACGAUUAUUGAUGUUC